AUGAUCCCGUGUAAAUUGAGUUAUAACACGAGCCGUGCUACAUCAUAUUUAUCAUUUCCGUUCAUAGCAGCUUCCUAA